AUGUAUGUCAAUAACCCUGUACCCGUGCCAAAAGGCACGCCAGAGUACGAGGCCAAGCGUGCUGCUGUUCUCAAAGCACUCGCCGACAAAGUGCCCGCAGAGUUCUGUCUGGGUCCCGAAUUCUUCAAAGACACUCCUCUCGAUGUCAGCAAGAUCCCUGCUGCCUGUGGUCUACUCACAGACGAGGAAGUAGCCAUCACUGAAGGCUAUGAUGCAACUGGCCUUGCUGAGGCUAUCGCCAGACGCAAGUAUACUUCUGUGGCUGUUGCGAGAGCCUUUUGCAAGCGUGCAAUUAUCGCACACCAGCUUACCUCCUGUCUUACGCAGUGGUAUUAUGAUGAGGCUAUCCAGCAGGCUACGAAACUGGAUGAGUAUCUAGCAGAGCAUGGCACCACGAUAGGUCCACUCCAUGGUGUCCCCGUCAGUGUCAAGGAUCAUGUUCCCUUAGCUGGCACGUUCUCGUCAUUGGGCAUUCUGGCUACAGCCGAGUACGACCAGCAUGACUCUCCGCUUCCAGCGGUCCUUCGCAAGGCCGGCGCUGUCUUUUACUGUAAGACAAACCAACCCCAAGCUCUGAUGCAUGGCGAAAGUGACUCGCCUUGGGGCCGCGCCUUGAACCCGUACAACACCACUUUGACACCUGGAGGUUCCAGUGGUGGUGAAGGAGCCUUGAUUGCUAUGAAAGGCUCGAUUCUCGGCAUUGGAACCGACAUUGGAGGCAGCAUCAGAAUCCCUGCAGCGUUCAGCGGUAUCUAUGGAUACAAGCCAACAAGUGGCAUCCUGUCAACGAGAGACAUGGUACAUGUGCCUAUGGUAGCUGAACUUACUAUCUUGGCCAACGCCGGUCCCAUGUGUCGAUCAGCACGCGACAUGGAUCUCUUCAUGCGUGUUCAGCUUGAUGCCAAGCCGUAUAUCAGAGAUCUGACUUUGGUCCCCACGACUUGGGCUGGUUUGUCGACCCAGCUGGGUGUCACCCUUGGCCGCCCGCUCAAAGUUGGCAUCAUGACACACGAUGGCUUCAUCCAGCCUCAACCACCUCUCAAGCGUGCCCUGUCGUGGGCCAGUACCCUGCUGUCAGACCCUCGGCUAUCAGGACUUAUCGAGAUCAAGUCAUUCUUGCCUUAUGGUGUCAAACAGUGCUGGGAUGAAAUCAGGCAAGCCUACUCUCCUGACGGCGGCAUUCCAACUCAUGAUGCUAUUCUCGCAACAGGCGAGCCAAUCUAUCCUCUGACCGAAUGGAUCUGGAGGCCUGUUGCGCCCAAGGGAAUGCUAACUGCUGGUGAAAUGGCUUACGUACGCAAAGCAUGCCUCGACUUCCGACAUUCCUUUGCAGAGGAUUGGGAGCGUCAGGAUGUUGAUGUUAUCCUUUGUCCCACUGGCGUCGGGCCGGCUACGACUCACGACACAAACUUCUAUCUUAUGUAUACAGCUCUGUGGAACUAUCUCGACUGCCCCGGCUUGGUAUUUCCUACGGGGCUCAAGGUUGAGGAGGGUGAGAAAUACGACGCGGAUUAUAAGCCGUUAGGACCUGAGUGCGCUCACGUGAAGGAACUCUGGGAGAGUGGUAACUUCCAAGGGGCACCUAUCAACCUUCAGCUUGUGGGGAGGAGGUAUCAUGACAAUCAGCUGUUCGGAGCUUUGAAGCUUCUCCAGGAUGCUCUUGGACUUGAAUGAGUGUUGUAAAGGGGUAACGAAAUACGUGUGCAUAUAUUUCUAGUUGCC